AUGCACCCCGCUGCCCAGCUCGACAGGAGCGAUGGGAUGUGUCAACUAGGUACUAAACUUACCAACAUUAAACACUAACCGGGGGAAGGAAGGGGUGAGGGGCUUAGAAAAGGGAAGGGGGGUCAGGGGUGGAGGGAGACGGGUGGGGGGGUGAUGUCAACUGGGUACUUCACACAUUAACCAACCCAAAACCUGAAGAAGGCGAGGAGGGGGGAGGAAGAAGAGGGGAGCAGUCAACACUGCUGGCAGACACAAGAGAGAAGGGGGGAGGUAGAAGAAUGGAGGAUGGGAGAAGAGGGUUUGUGCAGGUGGGGUAGAAUAAGGGUGAGGAAAGGGUAAGGACAGAAGGAAGCUCAGGGCUGGUUUCCCGGCACUAGAUUAAGCCUACUCCUGGACUAAAAAGCUUUCUCUGGAGAGUAGGCUUAGUCUGUCAUUUUUAAAGCAGGGGGAUGGGGUGAAGGUGUUGAGGAAAAGGUAUUAGUCUGACAGAAUGCCUUGUGCCUCAUGGGGGUGAGACAGUGGGUGAGGGUGAGACAGUGAAAGAUAACUUACAGAUAGACAUGCAGGGUGAGACCGGGACACAGAUAGUCACAGGGCUAGACUCAACCCAAACAUUUUGUUUUACGUAAAGUGGAGUUGACAUGACUCCAGAAAUAACACCACCCCCUGACCAACAAACUUACCUCCCUCCCUCCCCUCUAUCCCUCUCUCCUUUUCUCUCCCCCUCCUCCCCCUCACACCUCCUCCUCCUCCUUCCCAUCUCCGCCUUUUAUCCCUUUCUCUCCCUCUUCCUUCUUUCUCUCCUCCUUUGUCUAUCCCUCGCUCUCCUCCUCAUUUUCCCUGUCUACUCUGCUCUCCUUUCGACCCUAUCUACCCCUCCCCAAUGCCCUGUCUUUAUCCCUCUCACGCUCUCUCCUCCCUUGUCCCCUACCCCCUUCUCUGUUUGUAGUCGAUCCCUGACAGAAUGUACUGUGUGAGUGCAUACAUCUGGGAAUGCAUCCCAAAUUGCACCCUAUUCUCUUUUUAGUGCACUACUUUUGACCAGGGCCUAUAGAGCUCUGGUCAAAAGUAGUGCACUAUAGAGGGAAUAGGGUGCCAUUUUGGACUCAUGCUGGGUCUUCCAAGCCCAUCCCAGUAUCAGGUCUCUCCACAGUCCUGGAUCACCUCUGACCUUUGAUGCUCAUGAUCCAGUCUGGGGUGAAGAGAAGGUGACUGUGCAGAUACUGGUGCCUCAUGUCAGGUCUGGGGCUCUGGAACCAGGACCCGACCGCUGUCUAUCUAUAAACUCAGUUUUAGGCCCAACCCUGCUCCCCAGCCAGCCACAGCUUCAGCCCCAGCCCCAGCUUCAGUGACCCCUGUGGAGCUUUUGACCCAGUGAGCAAAGGGCCCAGUUCCAAAAAUACUCUACAUAGUACAGUACCUACUGUAAAACUCUAGUCUAGAAGGCCUCAUGGGCACACUCAGGAAAGUCAUAGUAAAUAACCUCUCUCUCUCUCUCUCUCUCUCUCUCUCUCUCUCUCUCUCUCUCUCUCUCUCUCUCUCUCCUCGCUCUCUCUCUCUCUCUCCUCUCUCUCUCUCUCUCUCUCUCUCCUAUCUCUCUCUCUCCUCUCUCUCUCUCUCUCUCUCUCUCUCUCUCUCUCUCUCUCUCUCUCAGUAGAUGACACAUACCUGGACCAUGUAAGGGAGCUGAAGGCGCAAUCUGCAGUGUUUCUACCAGAGAGAGUGAGGGAAGAGGAGGAAGGGGAGGAGAGAGGAAUGGGCGUGGGGAAGAAUAUCACCUCUAAGUCGAUGGAGGGAGAAGGAGCGAAGUAUGAGGAGGAGAACAAACACAGCGCAGACUUCUACCCCAUUCCGGUACACUGUGUACUUGUGUGUGUAUGUGAUCGGUCUGCAUGCAUCUGUGUGUGUGUCUGCUUGCACAGGGGGAUUUAGGCAGUUAAGGUUCAUCAAGCUGACAUACUAACAGAGGAUUGAUUGUAAUGACAGGGUUAGGCCACCAUACACACAGACCUGUCAUUAGGAUCACUUAACACUCUUCAGUGUCACACACAAAUGCACACACACGUCAUGACAGUUUUGUUCUGGCCAUUCCCUCUUGGCUGCAGCACAGUCCCCUCAUGUACGUCACACCACAAAUCAACAAUAACAAGGGUUUUCCCUAGCCACACACUUAAAUGUAAAUGUAAUGGACAGAUGCAUGUGAUACUGUGCUGAGAAGCUCCAACACAAAGCCUGUCCUGUUUUUGAUUCCAUCAGAGAUUUACAACUGUAGUGCGUUAAAGUAUUCACUUAUUCACAUUUUGUUUUGUUACAGCCUGAAUUCAAAAUGGAUUAAAUAUAUUUUUUUACCUCACCCAUCUACCCCAUAAUUACUAAGUGAAAACAUGUUUUUAGAAAUGUUUGCUAAUUUAUUGAAAAUGAAAUACUGAAAUAUCUCAUUUACAUAAGUAUUCACACCCCUGAGUCAAUACAUGUUAGAAUCACCUUUGGCAGCAAUUACAGCUGUGAGUAUUUCUUGGUAAGUCUCUAAGAGCUUUGCACACCUGGAUUGUACAAUAUUUGCACAUUAUUCUUUUUAAAAUUCUUCAAUCUCUGUCAAGUUGGUUGUUGAUCAUUGCUAGACUGCCAUUUUCAAGGCUUGCCAUAGAUUUAAGUCAAAACUGUUACUAGGCCACUUAGGAUCAUUCCAUGUCUUCUUGGGAAGCAACUCCAGUGUAUAUUUGGCCUUGUGUUUUAGGUUAUUGUCCUGCUGAAAGGUGAAUUUGUCUCCCAGUGUCUGUUGGAAAGCAGACUGAACCAGGUUUUCCUCUAGGAUUUUGCCUGUGCUUUGCUCUAUUCUGUUUAUUUUGAUCCUAAGAAAACUCCCUAGUCCUUGCCAAUGACAAGCAUACCCAUAACAUGAUGCAGCCACCACCAUGCUUGAAAAUAUGAAGAGUGGUACUCAGUGAUGUUGUGUUGGAUUUGCCCCAAACAUAAGGCUUCAUAUUCAGGACAUGAAGUUUAUAUCUUAGCACAUUUUUUUGCAGUUUCACUUUAGUGCCUUAUUGCAAACAGGAUGCAUGUUUUGGAAUAUGUUUUAUUCUGUACAGGCUUCCUUCUUUUCACUCUUGUCAUUUAGGUUAGUAUUGUGGAGUAACUAUAAUGUUGUUGAUCCAUCCUCAGUUUUCUCCUAUCACAGCCAUUCAAUUCUGUAACUGUUUUAAAGUCACCAUUGGCCUCAUGGUGAAAUCCCUGAGCGGUUUCCUUCCUCUCCGGCAACUGACUUAGGAAGGACUCCAGUAUCUUUAUAAUGACUGGGUGUAUUGAUACAUCAGCCAAAGUGUAACUAAUAACUUCACCAUCCUCAAAGGGAUAUUCAAAGUCUGCUUUUUUUUUUACCCAUCUAUCAAUAGGUGCUCUUCUUUGCGAGGCAUUGGUCUUUGUGGUUGAAUCUGUGUUUGAAAUUCACUGCUCGACUGAGGGACCUUAAAGAUAAUUGUAUGUGUGGGGUACAGAGAUGAGGUAGUCAUUCAAAAAUCAUGUUAAACGCUAUUAUUGCUAUUGAGUUCAUCCAACUUAUUAUGUGACUUGUUAAGCACAUUUUUACUCCUGAACUUAUUGUGGCUUGCCAUAACAAAGGGGUUGAAUACUUAUUGACUCAAGACAUUUCAGCUUUUCAUUUGUAAUUAAUUUGUUCAAAUGUCUAAAAACAUAAUUCCACUUUGACGUUAUGGGGUAUUGUGUGUAGGUCAGUGAAACAAAAUCUCAAUUUAAUCCAUUGUAAAUUCAGGCUGUAACACAACAAAAUGUGGGAAAAGUCAAAGGACGUAAAUACUGUCUGAAGGCACUGUAUAUCCUGUUUAUUAUAAGUAUCAAAUUCACAUGCUCCUGUCUGCUGUUACUGAAUGGCUGAAUGGGACAGAGGUGGAUAAAGGGACACAAUGGCUAUUCUCAAUGAUCUGCACAGCAAAAGUCCCACAUCCCUCGCUCUUCGUAUCUUUCUUGUCUUGCAUGAGGCGGGCGGGAGGGAGGGAGGGGGAGUGCGGGGCGGGCGCGGGAGGGGAGUGGCGGGCGGGGGGAAGUUCGGGGGGCGGGAGGGAGGGAGGGAGGGAGGGGGGGGGGGCGGAGGGAGGUAGAGGGGAGAGGGGAGGGAGGGAGGGCGGGGAGGGAGGGAGGGAGGGAGGAGGAGUGGAGGGGGGAGGGCGGGAGGGAGGAGGGAGGGGGGGGGGAGGGAGGGAGGGAGGGAUGGGUGGAGGGGGAUGGAGGGCGGAGGGCGUGGGUGUGUUCGGUCGGGAGGUGCUUUGUAUGGGAGGGCGUGGGGGGCUUGAGGUGUCGUCUUGAGGUUGAGUGCGGAUGGCGGUGUUUCGUGCUUGGUAGCUUUCUUGCUGGGUGGUCUUAUGCGUUCUUUCGUUAUUUCUUUUCUUCUUUCUUUCUUUCUUUUUCUUUCUUUUUCGGUUCUUUCUUUCUUUCUUCUUUCUUUCUCUUCUUCUUCUUUUUCUUUCUUUUCUUUCUUUCUUUCUUCUUUCUUUCUUUUCUUUCUUUCUUUCUUAAUCCCCACCUCGCUCUCCCCACCAUAGCGCUCUCCCUGCAUGUCUUCCCCAAGGUUACUAGUUUUGUGAUGUCCUGGGACAUUAACUAAUGUCCAUUAAUACAAAUGACAGACAUAGAGACAGACCAACCGAAAAACAUAUCAAGAACAGACUGUAUAAUGUAUCAUCUUUCAUUUAGAAUCCAUUGUCUAGAACCUAAUAUUCAGUUCAUUCUAAGGUCUCUCAUCUGAUGUCUGCUCUGUCAGAAAUGAUCUUUACAAGCUAGUGAAAAAUGGGCAGUAGGAUAAAAUGUGAUGUGUCCCCAGGAAAGGUUCUCUCCCUCUCCCUCUCUCACACACACACACACACAUAAACACACACACACACACACACAUAAACACACACAGUUUAAUGCCGAUGACAUUUGAGUCUGAACAAAAGUAUUUUGUUAUUUUCCAUGCCUGACAGGCGAGAUGCAAAGACGGAUGAAAGAAUGCAAAGACGCAUCCUCAAAUCAAAUGAAUGUGUGUGUGUGUUCGUGACCUUUAUCUAUAAUUUGCUAACCGAGUCACAGACAGAGAACACAACAUCAAACAGGAUACGACACACACACAUACACCCUGGAUCCCUAGAGCGUAUGUGUGUCCGUCAGCGUGAUAAAUAGACCAAUGCAUGGACUAAUGAAGGAACUAAUUUACUUAUGGCCCUGUAUUCCCCUGGAUCCUUUUUAUAAAGCUGAGGUGCAAAGGCCCCCAAAGCAACACCCAGGCUGUCCUUCUGUGUUCGGUCUGGUAGUUUAGUUUACCUUACCCAAGCAUUAUCAAUGUCCUUGCUUUGCUUUCCUUGAAAUGUACUCUCUCUUGCAGAUACACACACUUGUGCGUACACGAGUGUGUUAGUUGUGUUACUUUAGAUAGUGUGUGUGAACUGUUUGCAAAAUACUUAAGGGAACGUUUUUGCCCUGCCAAAACAGACUAUCACUGCAAAUGCACAGUGUAUGAGCGUAACACUUCAUUCAAAAGUUUAGAAUGCAACAAACCCACCAUAGCACUUUCUAUUAUAUGAAUUGUAAACAUGCAUUAUACGUUCUGCAUUAUAUGUUCUGUACCGCUCCUCCUUCAUUGCCGUGUUGUAGACCUACAGUUAAAGCGUCUGAAAUACAUGUUGUUGUGAGUAAGACCGUAAUAAUGACAUUGUCAGUUCUUGGUAAUUACAAUGUCUGUGUAUGUACUGUCUUGUAGAUGGAUAAAGUAUUGACAUGUAUCUGUCUGUACGGUAGGUGGUGGUGAAUGGAGUGGGACAGGCCGCUGGAGAGCAGGACACUGAAGAUACUGAGCUGAUGGCCGUCUACACUAAAGAGAACCAGGGAGGAGAAAAGGUACUCUACCUUUCUAAAUCCCUACCUCCCUAGUCUUUCUUCAUUACUAAACUCUCUUGCUGAAUCUUUGUCUUUCUCUCUUUCAUUCUGAAUCCUCCGCUCCCCACUCCUCCCCCUCUGUCUGGACAUGUGGCUGUGACAUCAUCAGCCUGUGACUAUGGGCUCUGGUCAAAAGUAGUGCACUAAAUUGGGAAUAGGGUGCCAUUUGGGACACAGCCUAUAAUUCAUCCUACUACCUGUGACUCAUGUCAGUAACUAAUGCUUUAAUGACAGCCCCAAGAGUGGUUGGAUUCAGGUUUUACCUCCCUCAGGCACACACACUCACAUAGAGAUUACUACCUGUAACACUAAACUACACUUAGACUAACACUUAGUCUUAACCCUUUACUCCAGAGACCAUAUACCCUGUGGUGUUUAAGGGUGUACAUCUAUAGUUCUCAACUUUUGUGUGUGUGUGUGUGUAGAGUUCCAUGUCGGAGACGUUGGACAGUGCAGACAUGAAUGCCAGGCGAAUGGACAUGAUCUACACCAUUGAAGACACUCCUCCCUGGUACCUGUGUAUAUUCCUGGGCUUACAGGUGAGACGCAUGCAAGCACACACAUAACAUACACACAAACACCCCCCCCUUGGUACCUCUGGGUUACCUUUAAAAGGAUAUUGUGAGAUUCUGGCAAACAAGCCGAUUUUUGAAAGGCAGAUGAACUCGUGGAUACCAUUUGUAUGUCUCUGUGUGCAGUAUGAAGGAAGUUAGAAGUAGUUUUGCGAGCCAAUGCUAACUAGUAUUAGCGCAAUGACUGGAAGUCUACAUAGCGUACCUGUAUACUUCCAGUCAUUGUGCUAAUGCUAAUUAGCAUUGGCUCUCGAAAGUAUCUCUAACUACUGCAUGCAGAGACAUAAACAUGGUAUCCACAAGUUCAUUUGACUCUGGGUAAGUAGAAAAGCGUCUUACAGAUGUCUGCUCUUUAACUUGAUCGGUCUUUCGUUGCGUAUAAUUUUUCAGAGGCAUCAGGAAAUUCAAAUUAGUCUUGUGAUUGGCAAAAAACGAGCAGUUCUCUUUCUCUCCAUUCGGGGGCAGUCGAGUCAUUGGGAUCAGGGCUCGCUAUCUUAAAAUAAUGUUCUCGCUCGCGCAUGCUAUAGGCCUAGGUUGUAUUACUGCAACACUUAAAUGUACAAAAAUGUAUCUGAGAUGCAGCCAUACACAUCAACUACCGUCAUUUUAUAUAGAUGAAUAACACAAUAUGGUUAUUGGUCUCCACUAGGCUACGACAUACAAGUGUCUAAAUGAGGAAAUACUUUAUUUCUAUUGUACAGAAUGCUUGUAAAAUAGAUAAAUCGCCCUUAGUCUGUUAAAAAAGGACCAAAUUGUUUCGAUGACAAAACCAACCUGAAGGCGAACAUAUCUUGAAAGACAAGCAGGACUAAGGCAGAGAGGAAGAGGCAAAGCGAGAAGGCUCACUCUCGCCAAAAUAAGCCCAAUGCGUUUCAAUUGGCUUAAUAUGCAGACCUAAGCUUGUCACCUGCCUUACCGCCUUUGGGACGACUCCCAUUGGGCGAAGACAUGAGCAUCUUGUCAUUAUAUACAGAUCUCUGACUAAGGUAACACAGAUGUCAUCUAUUAGGGAGUGGUAGAGGUGACCAAUAAUGCUUGCAAUUGAGAUCAGCUGUGCGGGUGAAUUUGGCGCAUAUUGAUGGUUUAACGAGACCUCAGUUGGCGAUAAUCUUGUGCCAUCGAUGGUUGCAAUAGGCCCCUUGUUAUUUUAUUAUAUUCCUAUUGGCUACCCGACAGCCUAUCGAUAGUCACAUAAUGAAAGGUGUGAAAAACGAUAAUCUACUGUUUGUGUUUCCCUGGCUAAAUUGAUGAGCUGAUUUGGGCCAUCAGUUGAUUGACAGAUGUAGGCCUACUGUAGAACGAUAAACUUUCCUCCAGUGUGGAUGCUCGCCCACAUUUUAUAGUUGGGCUAUGUAUAAUUUGCAGAGGUGGGUAGAGUACUGAAAAUCUGUACUUAAGUAAAAGUACUGUUACUUACAGUAGAUUGUAAUUUACUGAAGUAUAAUUUGCCUUAAGAAACUACUCAAGUAAGAGUAAAAAAAGUAUCCGGUCAGAAAACUACCUACAGUGAGGGGAAAAAAGUAUUUGAUCCCCUGCUGAUUUUGUACGUUUGCCCACUGACAAAGACAUGAUCAGUCUAUAAUUUUAAUGGUAGGUUUAUUUGAACAGUGAGAGACAGAAUAACAACAUAAAAAUCCAGAAAAACGCAUGUCAAAAAUGUUAUAAAGUGAUUUGCAUUUUAAUGAGGGAAAUAAGUAUUUGACCCCCUCUCAAUCAGAAAGAUUUCUGGCUCCCAGGUGUCUUUUAUACAGGUAACGAGCUGAGAUUAGGAGCACACUCUUAAAGGGAGUGCUCCUAAUCUCAGUUUGGUACCUGUAUAAAAGACACCUGUCCACAGAAGCAAUCAAUCAAUCAGAUUCCAAACUCUCCACCAUAGCCAAGACCAAAGAGCUCUCCAAGGAUGUCAGGGACAAGAUUGUAGACCUACACAAGGCUAGAAUGGGCUACAAGACCAUCGCCAAGCAGCUUGGUGAGAAGGUGACAACAGUUGGUGCGAUUAUUCGCAAAUGGAAGAAACACAAAAUAACUAUCAAUCUCCCUCGGCCUGGGGCUCCAUGCAAGAUCUCACCUCGUGGAGUUGCAAUGAUCAUGAGAACGGUGAGGAAUCAGCCCAGAACUACACGGGAGGAUCUUGUCAAUGAUCUCAAGGCAGCUGGGACCAUAGUCACCAAGAAAACAACUGGUAACACACUACGCCGUGAAAGACUGAAAUCCUGCAGUGCACACAAGGUCCCCCUGCUCAAAGCACAUAUACAGGGCCGUCUGAAGUUUUUCAAUGAACAUCUGAAUGAUUCAGAGGAGAGCUGGGUGAAAGUGUUGUGGUCAGAUGAGACCAAAAUAGAGCUCUUUGGCAUCAACUCAACUCGCCGUGUUUGGAGGAGGAGGAAUGCUGCCAAUGACCCCAGGAACACCAUCCCCACCAUCAAACAUGGAGGUGGAAGUGGUUCUUCUGCUAAGGGGACAGGACAACUUCACCGCAUCAAAGGGACGAUGGACGGGGCCAUGUACCGUCAAAUCUUGAGUGAGAACCUCCUUCCCUCAGCCAAGGCAUUGAAAAUUGUUCGUGGAUGGGUAUUCCAGCAUGACAAUGACCCAAAACACACGGCCAAGGCAACAAAGGAGUGGCUCAAGAAGAAGCACAUUAAGGUCCUGGAGUGGCCUAGCCAGUCUCCAGACCUUAAUCCCAUAGAAAAUCUGUGGAGGGAGCUGAAGGUUCGAGUUGCCAAACGUCAGCCUCGAAACCUUAAUGACUUGGAGAAGAUCUGCAAAGAGGAGUGGAACAAAAUCCCUCCUGAGAUGUGUGCAAACCUGGUGGCCAACUACAAGAAACGUCUGACCUCUGUGAUUGCCAACAAGGGUUUUGCCACCAAGUACUAAGUCAAGUUUUCACUAUCAUUUCAAGUACGUGAUGGUGAAUGCAUACUAAAAAUAUUUACACCAAGUGUGAUGUUUAAUUUUUCACUCAGAAUGAACAAGUAAGUGUUACAACAGUCAAACAAUAAAUACUGAAAUGUCACUAUCAAUCAUGUUACUAGUAUGCAAAUCAGACACAUUUCACCAUGGAAUUAAAUUGACGUCAAAAGUAGAAUUAGUUUAGCAUUUUAGCUAACCCUAAUUAUUUUCCUAACCUUAACUUACUCCUCCUAACCUGCUACGAAAGUCCAUUUUUGACAAGCUGUAUCCCUUCUAGACAAAACCGGAUUUACACUCCAUCCUCCUUCUCUUCCGAACCUCUUCUUUCCACUUUCCAUUCUCCUCUCCCCUCGGUUGUGCCACUACAAGCUGUAAAUAAAAAGACACACACACAAAAAAAACUUGAUUUCUAGUAAAUGGCACAAAAAGCUUACUGAGAUGAUACACUGACUGUAUGACAGAGGUGCUUAUAGGGCCUGUCAUUAAAACAGAAUUACAUUUAGAAACACACCCACAUACAGAGAGAGAGAGGGAGAGAUCAAUGCGUGGGAGGAUGCUGCAGUGGACGGACCCGUUGAUCUAGCUAACGUUAGCUAGUUACAUGGUUGACACUACAGCUAGCUAGCUAGCUUAGACCGCUUAUCUAGUGGCAACCUAAUGUGAUAGCUAGUUAGCUAUUACCACACACAUCUGAUUACUCUAUUCACUCUUUAUGCCAAUGACAAGGUGGCUAGUUGGGCAACAAACAGAGAUUAUAUGAGGAGAUAAAAACAGGAGAUAAAACUGUUAGCUAGCCAUUUGAUUUGCACUAGUCGUCAACUCAAUUUCAACAGCAGAAUUAUAUCUUAGAAAUACUUAUCUUACUCCAGGAAUAUAUAAUAUUACAAAGGCAGAAUGUAAUUAAAGUGCAAUUGACAUCUGAUCGCAUCUGGAUAAGAACCCAAGAACAGAAAUAUGAAGAUGUGGGCUUCACUUUAAGAGCUGUGGUAGAGAUAAAACUGGGUUUGAGUCAAUGGACUUAAGAGUUUUGAUGACAAGCUAUUUUGAAUACAUGUCCUUGGUCAAAAAAUACAUCUACCCCCUAAAAAUAUUGUCUGUUUAUUAUAAUCCUCAUAAUAAUUCACGUGAUGCGCUGUAGCCUACAUAGGCUACUUGAACUGACACCCAGUGAACCUGUAGUCUAAGUUAUUGUAUCAGACAGUCCCCCUGGCAGCAAUUCUAAAUAUUAAAUAGACAUUUAAAUCCUCCUGCUGCAGGAUUAUUUUCCUCCUGUGACGAAAUGGGUCAUAUUAAGAUCCGACAUCUGUAAUUGCCAGAAUCUUGCAGUAUCCCUUUAAUUACCAGAUACACCUGUGUUAUUAUGUGGUUGAUUGUCUGAUAUAUGUGUAAUAUGCAAAUAAUGCCAUGUUGACUCUAUCUAAUAUGCAAAUAAUGACAAAACUGACUUGUGUCCUCCAGAGAUUUUCUAUUACAUACAGUGGGGGAAAAAAGUAUUUAGUCAGCCACCAAUUGUGCAAGUUCUCCCACUUAAAAAGAUGAGAGAGGCCUGUAAUUUUCAUCAUAGGUACACGUCAACUAUGACAGACAAAAUGAGAAUUUUUUUUCCAGAAAAUCACAUUGUAGGAUUUUUAAUGAAUUUAUUUGCAAAUUAUGGUGGAAAAUAAGUAUUUGGUCAAUAACAAAAGUUUCUCAAUACUUUGUUAUAUACCCUUUUGUUGGCAAUGACAAAGGUCAAACGUUUUCUGUAAGUCUUCACAAGGUUUUCACACACUGUUGCUGGUAUUUUGGCCCAUUCCUCAUGCAGAUCUCCUCUAGAGCAGUGAUGUUUUGGGGCUGUCGCUGGGCAACACGGACUUUGAACUCCCUCCAAAGAUUUUCUAUGGGGUUGAGAUCUGGAGACUGGCUAGGCCACUCCAGGACCUUGAAAUGCUUCUUACGAAGCCACUCCUUCGUUGCCCGGGCGGUGUGUUUGGGAUCAUUGUCAUGCUGAAAGACCCAGCCACGUUUCAUCUUCAAUGCCCUUGCUGAUGGAAGGAGGUUUUCACUCAAAAUCUCACGAUACAUGGCCCCAUUCAUUCUUUCCUUUACACGGAUCAGUCGUCCUGGUCCCUUUGCAGAAAAACAGCCCCAAAGCAUGAUGUUUCCACCCCCAUGCUUCACAGUAGGUAUGGUGUUCUUUGGAUGCAACUCAGCAUUCUUUGUCCUCCAAACACGACGAGUUGAGUUUUUACCAAAAAGUUCUAUUUUGGUUUCAUCUGACCAUAUGACAUUCUCCCAAUCCUCUUCUGGAUCAUCCAAAUGCACUCUAGCAAACUUCAGACGGGCCUGGACAUGUACUGGCUUAAGCAGGGGGACACGUCUGGCACUGCAGGAUUUGAGUCCCUGGCGGCGUAGUAUGUUACUGAUGGUAGGCUUUGUUACUUUGGUCCCAGCUCUCUGCAGGUCAUUCACUAGGUCCCCCCGUGUGGUUCUGGGAUUUUUGCUCACCGUUCUUGUGAUCAUUUUGACCCCACGGGGUGAGAUCUUGCGUGGAGCCCCAGAUCGAGGGAGAUUAUCAGUGGUCUUGUAUGUCUUCCAUUUCCUAAUAAUUGCUCCCACAGUUGAUUUCUUCAAACCAAGCUGCUUACAUAUUGCAGAUUCAGUCUACAAUUUUGUUUCUGGUGUCCUUUGACAGCUCUUUGGUCUUGGCCAUAGUGGAGUUUGGAGUGUGACUGUUUGAGGUUGUGGACAGGUGUCUUUUAUACUGAUAACAAGUUCAAACAGGUGCCAUUAAUACAGGUAACGAGUGGAGGACAGAGGAGCCUCUUAAAGAAGAAGUUACAGGUCUGUGAGAGCCAGAAAUCUUGCUUGUUUGUAGGUGACCAAACACUUAUUUUCCACCAUAAUUUGCCUCUCUCAUCUUUUUAAGUGGGAGAACUUGCACAAUUGGUGGCUGACUAAAUACUUUUUUUCCCCACUGUAGGCUGCAACUGAAUAACAUGGCUUCCUCUCCUUGUCUCCUCUCCUUUAUCUGCACUGAUGUGAAAGACUUGGAGAGGUGGAGGCUAAUGCCUGAUAGGGUUCCUCCCUAUUGCUUUCACCUGUCCUUUGUUAUCAGUGCAGAUGAACAAGAGGAGACGAGGAGUGGAAGCCACUUCCGACUGUUCAGAUGCAGCCAUGCCCAGGUCAGAAAAUGCCAUCUCACCACUUAUUCAAGACUCCUCCUAUUUCCCCUUCUAUAACCCAUAUGAUGUAACAGUCUCCCCACUCAUUUUAAAUUAAAAUUUUAGUCAUUUAGCAGACGUUCUUAUCCAGAGAUCGACUUACAGUUAGUGAGUACAUAAUUUUUUUUCCCAUACUGGUCCCCCGUGGGAAACGAACCCACAACCCUGCCGUUACACCAUUCUCUACCAACUGAGCUACACGGGACUGAUGUAACUAAGCCCCUCCUCUUCACACUGAUGCUUAUUAAACAUACUCUUAUGAAAGUUGAUGCUCUGCUUCACUGUCGCACGCACACACACUUUCACAUUGUAACCCUCUCUCCUCUCACUCUCUAGCACUACCUGACAUGUUUCAGUGGUACCAUUGCGGUGCCGUUCCUGCUAGCUGAAGCCAUGUGUGUAGGGUUUGACCAGUGGGCUACCAGUCAGCUCAUAGGAACUAUCUUCUUCUGCGUGGGAAUCACCACCCUGCUACAGACUACACUGGGCUGCAGGUACACACAUGGUCUCACACACACACACACACACACACACACACACACAUAUACACACACACACACACACACACACACACACAGAGUGAUGGGUUUAGGGCUGAUGCAGACACCUGGGGAAACUGUAGGCCAGUGUUGUGGCUACAGGCUACUGUACAUUUACAUUUGACAUUUACGUCAUUUAGCAGACGCUCUUAUCCAGAGCGACUUACAAAUUGGUGCAUUCAACUUAUGAUAGCCAGUGGGACUACCACCCAAUUAUUAUUCUUUUUUUAAUGGGGGGGUGGGGGAGGGGGGGGGGGGGGGUAGAAGGAUUACUUUUAUACUAUUCCAGGUAUUCCUUAAAGAGGUAGGGUUUCAAGUGUCUCCGGAAGGUGGUCAGUGACUCCGCUGUCCUGGCGUCGUGGGGGAGCUUGUUCCACCAUUGGGGUGCCAGAGCAGCGAAUAGUUUUGACUGGGCUGAGCGGGAACUGUGCUUCCGUAGAGGUAGGGGGGCUAGCAGGCCAGAGGUGGAUGAACGUAGUGCCCUCGUUUGGGUGUAGGGUCUGAUCAGAGCCUGAAGGUAAGGAGGUGCCGUUCCCCUCACAGCUCCGUAGGCAAGCACCAUGGUUUUGUAGUAGAUGCAAGCUUCGACUGGAAGCCAGUGGAGUGUGCGGAGGAGCGGGGUGACAUGAGAGAACUCUAUCCUAUUGAUUUUCUCUCCUGCACUUUCCACUUUCCACUUUUUUUUUUACAUCCCUCUCUUUCUCUAGUGUUCUCUACCUCUCCUUCUCUCUCUCCUUUUACUCUCUGCCUCUCACCCCCUACUCUCUCCUCUGUCCUCUCUCUCCCUCCUCUCUCUCUCUAAGUACCAUUUACGCAUAAUAGACAGUGUUGAAGAGACUGUGAAAAGUCACUCCUCCCUCCGUUCUGUUCCACCUUCAUUCCUCUUUAUCCCUCUAUCAUUCUCUAGUGUGUGUCAAAUCAAAUCUUAUUGGUCACAUACACAUAUUUAUAUCUCCUCUCUCUCCCUCUCUAGAAAUAUGAUAUCCUUUAGAAAUACCACAGCCAGGUUUCAUCAUUGUUGCCAUGGUUAUUAUCACUACAACACGUGAAUGUGUUGCUAGAUGCCAUGUCACGUUAUGGUAAUCUGUCUGUUGUUUGUAAUUGUGUUUGCAUGUCUGUCUCAUGGCCAAGAUACAGCAGCAUUGACGGGAAAUCACUGCACAUACACACUGGACACACACACACACACAGAAGGUACUCUCCUAGUCUCAUGGCCUUGAGUGAUUCCUGUCUGAAACAAGAGAAUGAAGCAGUGUCUAACAGUCAGGCUACAGCCCUGAAAAGAACUGCACAUACACACACACUCACACACACACAGACCAGUGGUAUGGCAGACACACACUCCUCUCAGCUCAAGGAGAAACCAGGCGUUCAGCCACAUAGGACCACUGUGAAAAAAAUGGGUUGAUGUAAUCUAAGCUGUGUCCAAUUGAACCCUUCAACCAAAGAACCGUAAAUGUGGGCCAAAGAGCUCUAUUUACAUGUCAUCUGACGAUAGCACCAUCUGGAGUUUGAUAAAUUCCAUUGGCACUUGGAUUGGAAUCAGUGCUACGGUCAGAUAACAUGAAAAUAUAGCUAUUUGGCCAUGCACACCAGUGGUGAGUUUGGUGUUGAAAAACAGAAGCAUAUGCAGAAAAGUACUUCAUACCUACGGUAAAAUAUAAUUUCCAAAAAAUUUGAGCAUGCAAUAAAGCACAGUAUUUGUAUUUAUACAGUCUUUUUUGCUCAUCUUUAUCAAGGAUGCCAAUAAUUAUGGACCUGACUGUAUAUUAUUUUUCGGUUGAAGGGUUCAAUUCUCCUGUCUUUAGUCCUGCAAUUACGACUGAUCACACAGAGAAGCAUACACAGAGGAUUAGCCUAUACAUAGCACUUGUACAAAUGUUAACAUCAUGCACCAUAGAGGGCUGCGGGUCCCAAUAGAGAGAGGGGUGUGAUCUGCAUUUUUCAUGCUGUAGUUGGGAGCAGGCGGUCAGACAGACAACUUGGGGAUGAAAAUAUUUUUGUUUUCCCGCAGAUUAUUUGGAAACAGUUGUCUUUCUGCUUCAUAUGCGUUAGCCUACCUAUUGUAAUAAAAGCACAUAUUUGUUGCAUUAUUCACACAAUCAGAAUUCGCUGCUUCAAGUUAAGUAGCCUGUGGGCCAAAGAACUCUAUUUUCAUGUCAUCUGAGCAAGUGUCUUCACUGACAUUUUCAACAUGUCCCUGACUGAGUCUGUAAUACCAACAUGUUUCAAGCAGACCACCAUAGUCCCCGUGCCCAAGGACACUAAGAUAACCUACCUAAAUGACUACCGACCCGUAGCACUGACGUCUGUAGCCAUGAAGUGCUUUGAAAGGCUGGUCAUUGCUCAUAUCAACACCAUUAUCCCAGAAACCCUAGACCCACUCCAAUUUGCAUACCGCCCCAACAGAUCCACAGAUGAUGCCAUCUCUAUUGCACUCCACACUGCCCUUUCCCAGCUGGACAAGAGGAACACCUACGUGAGAAUGCUAUUCAUUGACUACAGCUCAGCGUUCAACACCAUAGUGCUCUCAAAGCUCAUCACUAAGCUAAGGAUCCUGGGACUAAACACCUCCCUCUGCAACUGGAUCCUGGACUUUCUGACGGGCCGCCCCCCAGGUGGUAAGGGUAGGUAACAACACAUCUGCCACGCUGAUCCUCAACACGGGGGCCCCUCGGGUGCGUGCUCAGUCCCCUCCUGUACUCCCUGUUCACCCAUGACUGCAUGGCCAGGUACAACUCCAACACCAUCAAGUUUGCCGACGGCACAACAGUGGUAGGCCUGAUCACCGACAACGAUGAGACAGCCUACAGGGAGGAGGUCAGAGACCUGGCCAUGUGGUGCCAGGAUAACAACCUCUCCCUCAACGUGACCAAGACAAAGGAGAUGAUUGUGGACUACAGGGGGAAAAAAAGAGGACUGAGCACGCCCCCAUUCUCAUUGUCGGGGCUGUAGUGGAACAGGUUGAGAGCUUCAAGUUCCUUGGUGUCCACAUCACCAACAAUCUAUCAUGGUCCAAACACACCAAGACAGUCGUGAAGAGGGCACAACAAAGCCUAUUCCCCCUCAGGAGACUGAAAAGAUUUGGCAUGGGUCCUCAGAUCCUCAAAAAGUUCUACAGCUGCACCAUCGAGAGCAACCUGACUGGUUGCAUCACCGCCUGGUAUGGCAACUGCUCGGCCUCCGACCGCAAGGCACUACAGAGGGUAGUGCGUACGGCCCAGUACAUCACUGGGGCCAAGCUUCCUGCCAUCCAGGACCUCUAUACCAGGCGGUGUCAGAGGAAGGCCCUCAAAAUUGUCAAAGACUCCAGCCACCCUAGUCAUAGACUGUUCUCUCUGCUACCGCACGGCAAGCGGUACCGGAGCGCCAAGUCUAGGUCCAAAAGGCUUCUCAACAGCUUCUACCCCCAAGCCAUAUGACUCCUGAACCGCUAAUCAUGGCUACCCGGACUAUUUGCACCCUCACCCCAUAUUUUUACGCUGCUGCUACUCUGUUAAUUAUUUAUGCAUAGUCACUUUAGCUCUACCCACAUGUACAUAUUACCUCAACUAGCCGGUGCCCCCGCCCAUUGACUCGGCACCGGUACCCCCCUGUAUGUAGCCUCCUUACUGUUAUUUUAUUUUACUUCUGCUAUUUUUUUCUCAACACUUUUUUUAUGUUUUAUUUUACUUUUUUAUUAAGAAAUAGAUGCAUUGUUGGUUAAGGGCUGUAAGUAAGCAUUUCACGGUAAUGUCUACACCUGCUGUAUUCGGCGCAUGUGGCAAUUAAAAUUUGAUUUGAUAGUCGCGGGAAGUAGGGAUUCUGAGGGUGCUGCAGCACCCCCUGAAAAAUACCCCCCCCCCCCCCCCCCCCCCUAAAAAAAAAAAAAGAAAACUAAUUCACAAAAGUAGUGCACUGGGCCUUUACUUGUAUUAGCGGACCGAUAUAGACUUCAACUUUUUUUCAGCAUCUCCGCUUUGACAAGAAAGGUAGUUGUCGAAUCAAGAACAUUAUCUUGCAGGAUUCAAUAGUUGGAAUUGUAAGAGUUGUUUCCCUGUCCCUUUCUCUGCAAUUGUCAUUCUAAAGGAAUCCAGAAAGAACAAAUCCCUGUCCUCAUAUUUACAUCAAAAGGUGCAAAGUUAUGGGCAAAGACAAAACAUCCAUAUUAAAUUUGAUAUUUUUCAUGAUCAAAUAACAUGGAAAACAUUUUCAUCUCCCGAGUGGCGCAGUGGUCUAAGGCACUGCAUCGCAUCGCAGUGCUAACUGUGCCACUAGAGAUCCUGGUUCGAAUCCAGGCUCUGUCGUAGCCGGCCGCGACCGGGAGACCCAUGGGGCGGCGCGCAAUUGGCCCAGCGUCGUCCAGGGUAGGGGAGGGAAUGGCCGGCAGGGAUGUAGCUCAGUUGAUAGAGCAUGGCGUUUGCAACGCCAGGGUUGUGGGUUUGAUUCCCACAGGGGGUAUGAAAAAAAUAAAUACAAUUAUGCACUAACUGUAAGUCGCUCUGGAUAAGAGCAUCUGCUAAAUGACUAAAAUGUAAAUGUAAAUGAAAACAACCACAUUCUGCAGUAUUAAUUUACCAUCCUUACAAACCACUUAAUGUCAAUGUACAUUACUGUAUUGUACAUAGGCUGGUUAUCUAGGUUUGUACCUGUAGACUUUCCUUCACCAUGAAGAAAAAUAAUGCACAAUACAGUAAUUGAGUACAUUGAGACGUCAAGAGGUUGGUGAUGAGGCGCAGUUUGUAGAGCAUGGCGCUUGCAAUGCUAGGGUUGUGGGUUCGAUUCCCACGGGGGUCCAGUAAGAAAAAGUAUGCACUCACUACUGUAAAUUUCUCUGGAUAAGAGCAUCACCUAAAAUGGAAAAGGAAUGAAUAGACCAUUUCAGUGUUCACAUUGUUACGUUCCACAGCAAGAAAACCAAAAAUGUCGCUCAAACAGAAGGGGGAACUAACAAAGAGUCACUGACCAACAACCAAAACGAAACAGGUGGGGUUUAAGGAGGGGUUCUGAAAGACACACUCAUGGGGGUGACCACUGAAAGUUAACUAACAACAACUGGAACCUAAAAGACACCCACCAUGUGCACCCACUAAAUUUGCAGAAGAAGAGGUAAACAAAAUAAAAACCUACACCAAACUUAAAGACGGGAAGCAACCCAAAAAGGUGAUCAGGGAAAUCAUAUAAAGGAUUGUUUGUCUAGAAAUCAGAAUAGGGAGCACCAACUAAAGGUGUUAACCCUCUACAUCAUGGUUGCCCAACCCUGUUCCUGGAGCGCUACCCUCGUGUAGGUUUUCGCUCCAACCCUAGAUGGGGCCUCCUGUUGCUCAGUUGGUAGAGCAUGGCGCUUGCAACGCCAGGGUUGUGGGUUUGUUUCCCACGGGGGGCCAGUAUGAAAAAUGUAUGCACUCACUAACUGUAAGUCGCUCUGGAUAAGAGCGUCUGCUAAAUGACUAAAAAUGUAAAAUGUAAAAAAAAAUGUACUAACCUGAUUCAUCUUAUCAACCUGCUAAUUAUUAGAAUCAGGUGUGCUAGAUUAGGCUUGGAGCAAAAACCUACAGGGCGGUAGCUCUCCAGGAACAGGGUUGGGCAGUCGUGCUCUACAUCUAUCAAGAAAGCACAGGUGAAAGACCUUCCCACUAACGAGAUGGCAACCAGCACAGGUGUAACACAUAUUGACUAAGGAGGUGACACCAAUCGGUGUGCCGUACGUGCUAAUGAGCUAUAUGUGCUAAAGUCUAACAUCAAAACAUAAAUGGAAAAACCAAAACCUGUAAUAAUAUAGAAAUAAGUUGUAUUUGCAAAGUAUUUCAAGAAACUGGAAAACAAAGUAUGUUUGUUCUGACUUCUGCAGAGGCCGCCUCGCAGUAAAUGCUGUAUGGCCACAGCAGACGUUGGAUUGACCAUGUAAAGCCUUUAAGUCGCUUUGGAUAAAAGCGUCUCCUAAAUGCCAUAUAUUAUUCUUAUUAAAUUAAUUAAAUAGAGUAGGCUAUAUAGCCUAUGCAUGGGCGGAGAAGCACUGGGCAGUUAUCUUUCCAAGGAAAUGUACUUCAUACAUAUGAUUAGGCUAUAGUUUACUACAUUGCCUAGACAAAUAUUGAUCACCCAUAUUGUCUCCGUCUGAAAAUCGUCCCACUCUUAAAAGGUAGGCUGUAAAACGUAGCUCAAGAGAAUAUGCAAGUCUCUCCAACUCUGCUCACUUAAAACUACGUCUAGCCUAUUGGGCUGAUAUGUCCUAGUAAUACCGAUAGUCUAAUAUAAUGGUCCACGUGAGAAUCAGUGCUAAUUUAUCUAUUUCUUAGGUUAUUUUUGCGCAUUUUGAUAUUGCCUAUAGGGCGCAAAAUUGCUGCGACCAUGGCUGGCAAGUGAGCUGCAUCACAUACGCCUAAAUUAACAUUUCGGGACUGCGUUUGGGUUCGGGACCAAUUCUUGCUGUAGCGGGUGGGAGUCAGACAGAAAGCCGGCGGGUGUGGUAUGAAAAGCUGCGAGAGCGGGAUAAAUAAAUCAGUCCCGCACAGACCUAUAAUGCACCGAUCACAGUUGUAUUUUUCUGUGCCAUGUAAUUAACAUUAUCACAGGCUGCGAGAACUCAAAUAAGCAUUUGAGAAGUUGUAAGUGAGAUAGCUGUUCUCUGCUCCAUUGUAUCUCUCUCACAACACACACACACACACACACACACACACAGUCUGUAGCCAACAACUCAAAAGUCAAUAUUACGUCCAUCUUUUCACUAAUGACUGUCAUCUCUGUGUCACAAAUCACAGCUAUCUGAGUCACCCCUGCAAUGUGGAGAGGGCGGGAGUGGUGGGAGGGGGAAAAAAGGCGGACUGAGGUAGAGGGCUGAAGAUGAGGAAGAGAUGGAUGAGAGGCGACAGAGGCAUGAGGGGAGUGCGGGGGUAGGCAGACGGAGAGAGAUGGAGGGCGGAAGGGAUGCAAAGAGGAAUAGAGAAAUGGAGAGUGAGUGGUGAGGAGAGGAGUGCUAGUGGCUGUGUUUGAUGAGUCACCGUGCCAAGUGAGGUCAGAUCAGUGAGCACACACACUGUUCUAGGAAAGGUGACGUGUUUGUGUGUGUGCUGACGUGUGUCCCUACCAGUGUAUAUCUGUGUGUUUCUGUCAGAGUGUAGCGCUGGUUUGUGUGUGUGUUUGCGUGUCAGUGUGUGCACAGCUGGUCCCACCUGGGAACAACAUGUGACCCUCUGAAGUAGAUGAGUGCUGCUGGGUAAAUCGGCGUCUGUGCGUUUGUCACGAUCUCUCCCCCUUUCUCUCUUGUUCUCUCUCUCCUUCUGUCUCACUCCCCCCACACACACAUCAGUGAAGAUGACACUCAAAUGGCCUGCAACAAUUUCAAAGAUGUUACUGAGUUAAAGUUCAUAUAAGGAAAUCAGUCAAUUGAAAUAAAUUAAUUAGGCCCUAAUUUAUGGAUUUCACAAGACUGGGAAUACAUAAAUGCAUCGUUUGGUCACAGAUACCUUUAAAAAAAGGUAGGGGUGUGGAUCAGAAAAACAGUCAAUAUCGGGUGUGACCACCAUUUGCCUCAUGCAGCGUGACACAUCUCCUUCGCAUAGAGUUGAUCAGACUGUUGAUUGUGGCCUGUGAAAUAUUGUCCCACUCCUCUUCAAUGGCUGUGCGAAGUUGUUGGAUAUUGACAGGAACUGGAUCACGCUGUCAUACACAUCGAUCCAGAGCAUCCCAAACAUGCUCAAUGGUCAACAUGUCUGGUGAGUAUGCAGGCCAUGGAAGAGCUGGGACCUUUCUCAGCUUCCAGGAAUUGUGUACAGAUCAUGGGGCCGUGCAUUAUCAUGCUUAUGGUAGAGAAAUGAACGUUCAAUUCUCUGGCAAACGCUCUGGUGGACAUUCCUGCAGUCAGCAUGCCAAUUGCACGCUCCCUCAAAACUUUAGACAUCUGUGGCAUUGUGUUGUGUGACAAAACUGCACAUUUUAGAGUGGCCUUUUAUUGUCCCCAGCACAUGGUGCACCUGUGUAAUGACCAUGCUGUUUAAUCAGCUUCUUGAUAUGCCACACCUGUCUGGUGAAUGGAUUAUCUUGGCAAAGGAUAAAUGGUCACUAAAUUUGUGCACAACGUUUGAGAGAAAUAAGCUUUUUGUGCAUAUGGAACCUUUCUGGGAUCUUUUAUUUCAGCUCAUGAAACAUGGGACCAACACUUUACAUGUUGCGUUUACAUUUUUGUUCAGUGUAAUAACAAUAAUGUUAAUAAAGUGAUAGUUCAUUUGAUGUAUAGCAAACAUCCAAAUACAGAGGAGCCUUAAAGGUACUUAACAGGCAAACGUUUUUAUUUGUCAUGACUGGUGGGUGACUGGUUGUCCUGCUAUUCUUAUGCAUUAUUGACAUGGCUAAUUUCACCUGCCUUGUACAUUUCCAUUGAUAUCAGUUACAUGCAUAUUCAUUAUUAAUUGAUCUCAUUAAUCUGGUUGUUGAUUAGAGUUAAUGAUGAUGUCUAACUGCACACUGACUGACCAGCAUUCAAAUCAGUACUAAUUAUCAGCAAUCACCUGCUCCAUUCAAACACCACAGCUCUGUCAGUGUCCAUGCUGUUGCUGUUACCUAGCCAGGGUUAACCCUGCUUCUGUGUUCACUAGUGACACCUACUGGACAGACAGGAUAACUGUUGGUUACACUCUACUUGAGUCCAUAGCUGUAAGGGCUUCAUAACACUGGCUUAUUCAUCACAUAACCAUCAUGACAGCUGUUAUCACACACACUAUGAUAACUGACUUUACACUGUUUUACAACUAACUGACACAAACUAUGUUUGACAGUUUUUGAUAGUUUUCAGCAAUUUUACAUGUGGAUUGCAGUCACUCCUUGUCCAUAAACUGCAUUCAAGGAAACACAUAUCUAAAUAUGUAAAACUAUAUAUUUAUUAUUUUCAUACUAAAGCACAUCUAUCACUUUAAAAAUAUGCCUAGUGUGUGUAUUAGAGGAAUGUGUGUGUGUGUUCUAAUUGAGUGAGUUGCUGUUGUGUGUGUUGUCACUCAGCUAAUAAGAUAAUAAUCUGUUAAUAAGAUGCUUAGUGUGUGUGCGUUUGUGUGUGUAUUCUUACUAAUAAAGUGAUUGUGUGUGUGGUUGUCAUUCCAGACUUCCUCUGUUCCAGGCCAGUGCGUUUGCCUUCCUGGCUCCCGCCAGAGCAAUCCUGUCACUAGACAAGUGGAAGUGCAACGCUACAGGUAAACACAAACACACGUAUACACACACACACAUACACACACUGAGUACACACACCCCACGAGUGCCUUCAUUAUGACCUGGUCUCACCCUCACUUUCCUGCCCACGUGAGCUGGCAUCAGUAGUGCUGACUGGCACCUCAGUUGGCAUCAGAUGAGGUUUUCAGGUUGCCAUCAGAUUAGAUUUCCAGGUUCGGUGCCAGUGUGUUAAUCUAUAACAUCAGUGUCCUGGAAAAACCUUGUAUCUCACUUUUUGUAGAUUUUGAUUUUAUUAAACAUAAAUCGAUAUUAGUCAUGCCCCUCCAUGUUCUAUGAACCUUUCAUUACUCUAGAAUUGGAACUAAUAAAAAGUCAUCCAAAAUGCCUUGUAAACUAGCCUGGCUGACGUGUCCCACGUGACUAGUGAAGAGCUGUUUGAGAGCUGAUGUCAGCCAGAGUACUUGUGAACCUCCAUGGCGAUAGAUCAGAAAAUAAACCGUGACUUUUAACUUUUUUGAGAUACACGUUUUUUCCAGGACGCAGACGAUAACAGAAUGAUAAAUGUGUUUUAUCAUUCUUCUCUGUUCUUUUUGUUUCUCUUUUUCUUCUCUCUUAUUUUCUCCGUCCCUCUGUCAGUGGUUCCUCCCAUGUUCAACGAGACUGAGCUGCUCAACACUGAACACAUCUGGCAUCCUCGGAUACGAGAGGUGAGAGCGAGGGGAAAUUAAAUGCAAGAUGGAAGGAGAUGACAUAGAAGGAGAGAGCAGGAGACAUAUUUUAAAGUAUCCAAUCCUUUACAUUGCAUAGUGUACAGAGAGAGGUCUACUCCUGUGUUCUGUGUCAGUGUUGUUCAAAGCCCAUGUUAGCCAGUCAGCACAUCCCAGUCACAGUGAGACCCUCUGGGCCUACACUAAAACAAAGAGUACAAAGAGUUCUAAUUGAUUAUGUUUCUUUAGGCCUGUUGCUGUGACUCAGCCUUUAGCCGUGUGUGUUGCGUGUGUGAUUGCGUGUAUGCACACAUCGUAUGUGUGCAUGUGCACUGAGAGUGUGACGGAGGCCUUUAACUCACAUUAACCUUUUAUAAGGCUUGUGUAAGUGGGUUUGGUAACCCUGUUUUGAUGCGUGUGUGAGGCGGUAACUCAAUCACGAUGUCACAAUGAAUAGAAUUAGAGACAAGGACGUCGAUAGACUAUCAAGGCUGUACCAAUGUCUGUCUCUUUACCCUCCACCAGAUCCAGGGGGCUAUCAUUGUGUCGUCUCUGAUAGAGGUGUGUAUCGGCUUCCUGGGGCUCCCAGGGCUCCUUUUGAAAUACAUCGGGCCCCUGACCAUCACCCCGACUGUGGCCCUCAUCGGCCUGUCUGGCUUCCAGGCUGCAGGGGAGAGAGCAGGGAAACACUGGGGCAUCGCCAUGCUGUGAGUAGUAUACUGUGGCUCUAAUCUCUCCUGACUGACUACUUGUAUAGUCCCCUGUACAGUCCCCAGCCCUCUAUAUGUUUUCCUAUAGUAUCUGUUGUUGUCUUUGUCUUGUUAUGAUGCAUGGCAAAUUUAGGUGAAAACAGAAAGUAAAAUGCUUUCAUAUCUUAUCUAUCUUUUGUUAUCCUAUAAGACUGACUCCCACCCCCCAGAGGCAUCCUUAGCCAAUCAAUUAUCGUAACAGCCCAUUAAAUAGCCAAUCAGAAUGAAUUACCGGCAGACAGUCGCCCCUGCGGAAUAGAGGUCAGGUAACCUUAGUGCUCCAGACAGAGACCUCUGGGCCUAGGUUCAAGAAGGGCUGUGUCUGUUGGUAAUUGUUUGUGUCUGCUACAUUGUUAUUAAUUUAUUUAUUUUAUUGUCUCUUUCGGGAAAAUGUGUCUUGCAACUCAUCGCAUAGCACAGCAUCACAGAUGUUAUAUGUAACUUAUUUGAGUUAUCAAUUAAUUGAUUUCCUUGUUUCUUUUUUGAGAAUUACACAUUUUGAUCCAGCUGUCUUUAUAGGAGGGUUAUUGGUUCUCUUGACAAAUGUUUAACUGUUCUACAAAUCAAAGCAGAUAGUGGAUGUUUCCAAGUGUGAUUACUGCUUUUCCUUCACCCCUGACUUCUGUAUUUCUUACUCGUCAUCUUGCUCUCGUUCUCUCUCUCUCUCAAUUUAAGGGCUUUAUUGGUAUGGGAAACAUAUGUUUACAUUGCCAAAGCAAGUGAAAUAGAUAAUAAACAAAAGUGAAAUAAACAGUAAAAAAUGAACAGUAAACAUUACACUCACAAAAGUUCAAAAAGAAUAAAGAAAUGUCAAAUGUCAUAUUAUGUCUAUAUACAGUGUUGUAACGAUGUGCAAAUACUUAAAGUAAAAAUAAAUAAAUAAACAUAAAUAUGGGUUGUAUUUACAAUGGUGUUUGUUCUUCACUGGUUGCCCUUUUCUUGUGGCAGCAGGUCACAAAUCUUGCUGCUGUGAUUGCACACUAUGGUAUUUCACCCAAUAGAUAUGUUUUAAAUUAUUUGUGGGUCUGUGUAAUCUGAGGGAAAUAUGUGUCUCUAAUAUAGUCAUACAUUUGGCAGGAGGCUAGGAAGUGCAGCUCAGUUUCCACCUCAUUUUGUGGGCAGUGUGCACAUAGCCUGUCUUCUCUUGAGAGCCAGGUCUGCCUACAGCGACCUUUCUCAAUAGCAAGGCUAUGCUCACUGAGUCUGUACAUAGGCAAAGCUUUCCUUAAUUUUGGGUCAGUCACAGUGGUCAGGUAUUCUGCCACUGUGUACUCUCUGUUUAGGGCCAAAUAGCAUUCUAGUUUGCUCAGUUUUUUUGUUAAUUCUUUCCAAUGUGUCAAGUAAUUAUCUUUUUGUUUUCUCAUGAUUUUUUGGGUUUAAUUGUGUUGCUGUCCUGGGGUUCUGUGGGGUCUGUUUGUGAACAGAGCCCCAGGACAAGCUUGCUUAGGGGACUCUUCUCCAGGUUCAUCUCUCUGUAGAUGAUGGCUUUGUUAUGGAAGGUUUGGGAAUCGCUUCCUUUUAGGUGGUUGUAGAAUUUAACGGCUCUUUUCUGGAUUUUAAUAAUUAGCGGGUAUCGGCCUAAUUCUGCUCUGCAUGCAUUAUUUGGUGUUUUACUUUGUACACUGAGGAUAUUUUUGCAGAAUUCUGUAUGCAGAGUCUCAAUUCUGUGUUUGUCCCAUUUUGUGAAUUAUUGGUUGGUGAGCGGACCCCAGACCUCACAACCAUAAAGGGCAAUGGGUUCUAUAACUGAUUCAAGUAUUUUUAGCCAGAUCCUAAUUGGUAUGUCUAAUUUUAUGUUCCUUUUGAUGGCAUAGAAGGCCCUUCUUGCCUUGUCUCUCAGAUCGUUCACAGCUUUGUGGAAGUUACCUGUGGCGCUGAUGUUUAGGCCGAGGUAUGUAUAGUUUUUUGUGUGCUCUAGGGCAACGGUGUCUAGAUGGAAUAUGUGUUUGUGGUCCUGGGAACUGGAACACUAUUAUUUUUGUCUUACUAAGAUUUACUGUCAGGGCCCAGGUCUGACAGAAUCUGUGCAGAAUAUCUAGGUGCAGCUGUAGGCCCUCCUUGGUUGGGGACAGAAGUACCAGAUCAUCAGAAAACAGUAGACAUUUGACUUCAGAUUCUAGUAGGGUGAGGUCGGGUGCUGCAGACUGUUCUAGUGCCCUCGCCAAUUUGUUUAUAUAUAUGUUGAAGAGGGUGGGGCUUAAGCUGCAUCCCUGUCUCAUCCCACGGCCCUGUGGAAAGAACUGUGUGUUUUUUUUUUGGCAAUUUAAACCGCACACUUGUUGUUUGUGUACAUGGAUUUUAUAAUGUCGUAUGUUUUUCCCCCAACACCACUUUCCAUCAAUUUGUAUAGCAGACCCUCAUGCCAAAUUGAGUCAAGAGCUUUUUUGAAAUCAACAAAGCAUCAGAAGACUUUGCCUUUGUUUUGGUUUGUUUGUUUGUCAAUUAGGGUGUGCAGGGUGAAUACGUGGUCUGUCGUAUGGUAAUUUGUUAAAAAGCCAAUUUGAUAUUUGCUCAGUACAUUGUUUUUACUGAGGAAAUGUACAAGUCUGCUGUUAAUGAUAAUGCAGAGGAUUUUCCCAAGGUUGCUGUUGACGCAUAUCCCACGGUAGUUAUUGGGGUCAAAUAUGUCUUCUCUCUCUCUCUCUAGGACUAUAUUCCUGGUGUUGUUGUUCUCACAGUAUGCGAGGAACGUACAGCUUCCUCUGCCCAUCUACAAGGCUAAGAAAGGUUGGACCUCUUAUAGAUUACAGCUCUUCAAGAUGUUCCCUGUGAGUACCCUCACACGUGCACACACACACACACACACACAGAGAUGUGCACGCACAGAGAAAUACACUGGCAGGAGUACACACACAUACACUCCUAGAUACACAUUCCCUCUCCUGGAGUGUGUUUAUUGAUCCAAUCCGUCACAGUGCCAAGUGAGGUCAGAUAAAUGGGCACACACUCCUCUAUCUCUCUCCAUCUUUUAGAUACCUCUUUCCAUCCUCCCAUUACCUGUCGAAUCCUACUGUUCAAAUCUUAUUCACCUCCCCUGUCUCCUCCUCCCCCGUUCCUCUUAAUAAGAUCUGAAAUUAUUCAGCCCCCUAUGGGGCCCUUUCUCUCUCUUUUUCCCUGUUCUGCACUGUAUAUACAUCUCCCGUGUGUCUGUCUGCCUGUAGCUGUAUCGGAAAUGUGUCUAGCCUACUACUUACUAAAACUGCAUACUGUGUACUAAUCGUACUACAUACUAUUGAGAACGUACUGUUUGGUAAAAACGUAUGCAGUAAGUAAGCAACAAUCGUGCUUUUUCCCUACCAUUCGUAACUUUCUGUUAGUAUGCAAGUAUGAGUAUUCGGACACGGCCUGUGUGUUGUAGCCCGCCUGUACCCUACAUUCUAUUGGCAAAUGUGCAAUCACUGGAGAAUAAGCUGGAGGAGCUCCGUUCGAGACUAUUCCAUCAACGGGACAUUAAGAACUGUAAUAUACUAUGCUUCUCAGAGUCAUGGCUGAACAAGGACAUGGAUAAUAUACAGUUAACAGGGUUUUCUGUGCAUCGGCAAGACAGAACGGUAGCGUCCAGUAAGCUCCGGGGGGAGGGGUGUCUCUUUGUUAACAACAGCUGGUGUGCAAUCUCUUAUAUUAAGGAAGUCUCUAGGUUCUGCUCGUUUGUGUUAGAAUACCUCAUGAUAAGCUGUAGACCAAACUAUUUACCAAGAGUUUUAAUCUGUAGUUGUUUAUUUACCACCACAAACUGAUGUUGGCACUAAGACCGCACUCAACGAGCUGUAUAGGGCCAUAAGCAAAGAAGAAAAUACUCAUCAAGAGGUGGCGCUCCUAGUGGCCGGUGAUUUUAAUGCAGGAAAACUCUAAUCCGUUUUACCUAAUUUCUACCAGCAUGUCACCUGUGCAACUAGAAGGAAAACAAUUCUAGAUCAGCUUUACUCCACACACAGAGGCACAUACAAAGCUCUCCCUCUCUCUCCAUUUGGCAAAUCUGACCAUAACUCUAUCCUCCUGAUUCCUGCUUACAAGCAGAAACUCAAACAGGAGGAAUCAGUGACUCACUCAAUACGGAAGUAGUCUGAUGAAGCGUUUGCUAAGCUACAGGACAUUAGCUAGCAAAGACUGGAAUAUGUUCCAGGAGUUUACCACAUCAGUCACUGGUUUCAUAAAUAAGUGCAUUGAUGACAUUGUCCCAACAGUGACCAUACGUACGUACAUAUCCCAACCAGAAGCCAUCGAUUACAGGCAACAUCCGCACUGAGCUAAAGGCUAGAGUUGACACUUUCAAGGAGUGGGACACUAAUCCGGACGCUUAUAAGAAAUCCCACUACGCCCUCCGACAAACCAUCAAACAGACAAAGCGUCUAUAAAGGACUAAGAUCAAAUCCUACUGUACCGGCUCUGACGCUCGUCGGAUGAGGCAAGGCUUGUAAACUAUGAUGGAUUUCAAAUGGAAACCCAGCCACGAGCAGCCCAGUGAUGCGAGCCUAACAGACUAACUAAAUACUUAUAUGCUCGCUUUGAGGCAAGCAAAACUGAACAGUGCAUAAGAACACCAGCUGUUCCGGAUGACUGUGUGAUCACGCUCUCCGUAGCCAAUGUGAGUGAGCCCUUUAAACAGGUUAACAUUCAGGCCGCAGGUCCAGACGGAUUAUCAGGACACUUACUCAGAGCAUGUGCUGACCAGCUGGCAAGUGUCUUCACUGACAUUUUCAACCUCUCCCUUUUCAAGCAGAUCCUGUGCCCAAGAACACCAAGGUGACCUAUCUAAAUGACUACCCUCCCGUAGCACUCACAUCUUUAGCCCUGAAAUGCUUUGAAAGCCUGGUCAUGGUUCACAUCAACACCAUCAUUCCAGAUACCCUGGACCCACUCCAAUUCGCGUACCGCCCCAACAGAUCCACAGAUGCCGCCAUCUCUUUCCCACCUAGACAAAAGGAACACCUACGUGAGAAUGCUGUUCAUUGACUACAGCUAAGCAUUCAACACCAUAGUGCCCUCCAAGCUCAUCACUAAGCUAAGGACCCUGGGACUGAACACUUCCCUCUGCAACUGGAUCCUGGACUUCCUGACGGGCGCCCCAAGGUGGUGAGAGUAGGCAACAACUCAUCCGCCAAGCUGACCAUCAACACGCAGGUCCUUCAGGGGUGCGUGAAAGUCCCAUCCUGUACUCCCUGUUCACCCAUGACUGCGUGGCCACGCAAGAUUCCAACACCAUCAUUAAGUUUGCCGCCGACCACGUCAGUGGUAGGCCUGAUCACCGACGACGAUGAGACAGCCUAUAGGGAGGAGGUCAGAGACCUGGCAGUUUGGUGUCAGGACCACAACCUCUCCCUCAACGUGACCAAAACAAAGGAGCUGAUCGUGGACUACAGGAAACGGCGGGCCGAGCACGCCCCCAUCCCCAUCUACGGGGCUAUAGUGGAGCAGGUCGAGAGCUUCAAGUUCCUCGGUGUCCACAUCACUAAGGAGCUAUCAUGGUCCAAACACCAACACAGUCGUGAAGAGGGCACGACAACACCUCUCCCCCUCAGGAGCCUGAAAAGAUUUGGCAUGGGCCCUCAGAUCCUCAAAAAGUUCCACAGCUGCACCAUUGAGAGCAUCUUAACUGGCUGCAUCACCGCUUGGUAUGGCAACUGCUUGGCAUCCGACCGCAAGGCGAUACAGAGAGUAGUGCGUACGGCCCAGUACAUCACUGGGGCAGAGAUCCCUGCCAUCCAGGACCUCUAUACCAGGCAGUGUCAGAGGAAGGCCCUAAAAAUUGUCAAAGAAUGUUCUUGUCUUGUCAAAGACUGCAAGCGGUACCAGAGUACCAAGUCUGGGACCAAAAGGCUCCUGAACAGCUUCUACCCCCAAGCCAUAAGACUGCUAAAUAGUUAGUUAAAUUCUUAGUCCAGGUAGCAAUUUGGUUAUCUGCGUUGACCCUUUUUGCAAUUACUUUUUUGACUCAUCACAUACGCUGCUGCUACUGUUUACUAUCUGUCACUUUAUUCCUAGUUAUAUGUACAAAUCUACCUCAACUACCUUGUAUGCCUGCACAUCGACUCGGUACUGGUACCCUGUGUGAAUGUAUGUGUGUAUGUAUGUAUAUAUAUAUAUAUAUAUAUAUAUAUAUAUAUAUAUAUAUAUAUAUAUAUAUAUAUAUAUACGUUAUCGUUACUCAUUGUAUUUAUUAUUACUUUUAUUAUUACGUGUUUUACUUUUCUAUUAUUUCUCUAUUUUCUUUCUCUCUGCAUUGUUGGGAAGGCCUGUUAGUAAGCGUUUCACUGUUAGUCUACACCUGUUGUUUACGAAGCAUGUGACAAAUAACAUUUGAUUUGAUAGCUGCUCUGGUCAUUUGAUGUCAUGAUAGCUCAUAUAUCUGCUGCUCUAAUAGACAGACACUUGCUUGUAUUGGUGACUACACUCAAAUAAAGCCCUCUUCAUCACCAUCACUCUCUCUAUCUGAUUAAAGGUUCCACUCUUAAUUAUUAUUAUUUUUGUAUUAUUAAAUUUUUUACUUCUACCCCUUUUUCUCCCCAAUUUCGUGAUAUCCAAUUGGCUGUUAGUCUUGUCUCAUUGCUGCAACUCCCCUACGGACACGGGAGAGGUGAAGGUCGAGAGCCAUGCGUCCUCCGAAACACGUCCCUGCUAAGCCGCACUGCUUCUUGACACACUGCUCACUUAACCCGGAAGCCAGCCGCACCAAUAUGUCGGCGGAAACGGCGUCCAUCUGGCAACCGAAGUCAGCUUGCAGGCGCCCGGCCCGCCACAAGGAGUCGCUAGAGCGCAAUGGGACAAGGAAAUCCCGGCCGGCCAAACCCUCCCCUAACCCAGACGACGCUGGGCCAAUUGUGCGCCGCCUCAUUGGUCUCCCGGUCAUGGCCGGCUAUGACACAACCUGGGAUCGAACUCGGGUCUGUAGUGAUGCCUCAAGCACUGCGAUGCAGUGCCUUAGACCGCUGCGCCACUUGGGAGGCCGGUUCCACUCUUUAUUAAUCUGCCCUUUACUGUUUGAACUGGUGACCUCACAACUCCCAUAUUGAAAAAAAAAAUAAUCGCUCUCCCUGUCUGUUUAAAGGGCAUUCUAUAGACGUUCUGCAGUUCAUUAUGGUGCUCUUCACUGUAACUCACCAGGACAUACUGUAUUUCUGUGUGUUUUGAGGUUCAUGUUUGACCCUUAGUGUUUCCCUCUCCCUCAGAUCAUCAUGGCCAUCCUGGUGUCAUGGCUGAUUUGUUUUAUCUUCACCAUAACCAAUGUUUUCCCGCCGGAGAAAGACAAGUACGGUUACUACGCCCGAACCGACGCACGCCAGGGGAUACUGGCAGCCGCACCCUGGUUCAAGAUCCCAUACCCCUGUGAGUUACCACUCCUUAUGUUGUUCAACCCGCCCCUAGCUAUGCCCAAACUCUGAAUCAGAGCAUCCAAUAGCUUCGUAGCUUUCUCAAAUCUAGAAUGUUGUGGGUUUUUUUGUUCCAUAUCAGUGUGUUGAUGUUGAGUUUGUGUUUUUUACCCAUAGUUCAGUGGGGUGUUCCUACGGUGACAGCGGCGGGGGUGAUCGGAAUGUUCAGUGCCGUGGUCGCCAGCAUCAUUGAGUCCAUUGGAGACUACUACGCCUGUGCCCGCCUCUCCUGUGCCCCCCCACCCCCCAUUCAUGCCAUCAACAGGUACUUGACCUUGCUUGCAUAGCUCCUUGCCUAAUUCACCUCAUAGAAUCUGCUUACAUCACACAAACACAAUGGUUUGAAUCAUGACUUGAGAUCCGUCUCUCUCUCUCCCUCUUCCUUUCUGUUUUUUUCUCUCUCUGUAGGGGUAUAUUUAUGGAAGGUCUGUCCUGCGUGUUGGAUGGGCUGAUGGGGACAGGAAACGGCUCUACUUCCUCCAGUCCUAAUAUAGGCGUGCUGGGCAUCACUAAGGUAACCAUCACACACUUCAACACACAGUCAGAGUCCCACUACAAGUUCUGUUCAAAUAUUAAAUAUUAAUGUUUUAAUUGGCUAGUAGUCUGCUUGGAUUUAAUUUGCUCUGUAGAGUGGGACUAUUUUAUUCUUCCUGAUGUCCUUGAUUCACUUUCUUACACCCUGCUGCUCUCUGAUUGGUCCUCCAGGUGGGCAGCCGGCGUGUGAUCCAGUACGGUGCUGCUAUGAUGCUGCUGCUAGGGCUGGUGGGUAAAUUCAGCGCAUUGUUUGCCUCCCUGCCUGACCCUGUCCUGGGGGCGUUGUUCUGUACCCUGUUUGGGAUGAUUACGGCUGUGGGACUGUCCAACCUGCAGUUUGUAGACCUCAACUCCUCCAGGAACCUCUUUGUUCUGGGCUUCUCCAUCUUCUUUGGCCUGGUACUGCCCAGCUACCUCAAACAGAACCCUCUGGUCACAGGUGAGUAGAGGACAAGUGCACUACAGAAUUAGCUCAUUGGCCUACUCCUUCAGUGUUCACACAUCUAAAAGGACUGGGUAGGUCUCUGAACUCUCUCUCGCUCUCGCUCUCGCUCUCUCUAUCCCUCUUUCUGUCUCUCAGGUAUAGUGUCGAUAGACCAGGUGUUGAACGUGCUCCUGACCACAGCCAUGUUCGUAGGGGGGUCAGUGGCAUUUGUGCUGGACAACACUAUCCCUGGUGAGUGGACUGAACUAUCACACUAUCACUGUUUGUUAUUACACUAUCCCUGGUGAGUAGACUGUACUAUCCCACUAUCACUGUUAGACUAAACUAUCACACUACUACUAUUAAUCUACCAUUGUACUCAACCCUUUUGAGUGCAUUUUGAGAUAGGACAAGCAUAUCACAAACUGUUGCCUUCUCCAAUCGCUCACCCCCUCAUCCUCUGUCUUCCUCUUUUCUCUCUCUUUCCUUUCCUCCUGUCAGGUACCCUGGAGGAGCGAGGGAUCAGGAAGUUGAAGCGUGGGUCGGGACCCAGUACUGCGGAGCUGGAGGGGAUGAGAACCUACGACCUCCCGUUCGGCAUGGACUUCCUGCGCCGCCACACCGUCUUCCAGUACUUCCCCAUCAGCCCCACCUUCAGCGGCUACCAAUGGGGCGCGAUCAUCAAGGCCUGCAGACGUAGGGGGGGACGGGGGGAGGCAGGGAAGGCAGCAGAGAUGGAGGGAAUCGCAGAACCAGGGGAGAGCGGGGUAUAG